UGCCCUCCCGCUUUCUAUCGGUCCGCGGGGAAGUCGCAAGAUGGCCGACGUCGCAUGAAAGUAUGUUCCUCUCCUCAACAUGAAGUCGUGAGUGAGACAGAGCGAGGGAGCUUACAUCGGGCUUUUGUUUUUGUUUUAUUUUAGUUGUUUUACUUUAUUUUUCCCUUAAUUAUUCAUCUCAUUCCGAAUCGUGGCAGCCCCCGAUUUGUCUCGACUAGUUGACGCGUCAAUCACGCCGGGAUCUUGGCUAACUGCGCGAGCUAGUUUGUUAGCCACAAACUAGCUCUUAUAACAGGACAUACUGUAUUCACUAGCAGCUAGAGUUAGUUUGAAUCACCUAACGGUCAUGUUGGAUAGCAACGGCGUAGUUGUUGUUUAGUUUGUAGAAAGGUUACAAAUAAGAUUAUAUUUUGAUGUUACCAUCAUUGUCGACAUCGUAACUGUAGCGUGCGCGCCGUUAUCCUCCAUCGUUACGUUGUAGACCGUGCAACAUUGUAAUUCAUCAAAACAGAGAGACUGUAGCGGGAUUAUACUAUUGACACAGUAAGGAAUGGACACAGAUUGCACGAACACGACCAAACGUAAAAAAUAGCCACGCGUAUCUGGAAUUUUACAGGGGGUCGGUCGGCACUUGCAUUUGUGGGAUAAUUUAUCUGACAUUUCAGCUCUUUAGUUAUCCAACUACAAGCGGACAGAUCUAGUUCUGAGCACACAACCUAGAAUUCAACUUCUUAACCAGACCCAUCCAUCUCAAGCGCUUAGACACAAUAUGGGAGUGCAAGGGUUUCAGGAGUAUUUGGAGAAACGCUGCCCUGGGGCGGCAGUUCCAGUAGAUCUUCUCAAGUUCGCGCGAACCGCAGGCCGUCAGCCCCCACACCACCACCACCACUACCACCAUCCCCAUCAUCCCAGCUCGCUGCCUCCGCCUCCCCCGCCAGCGCGCAUUCUGGUUGACGCAGACUCUGGCCUUCAGCGGCUCUACGGGGGCUACCAGACCGACUGGGUUUGUGGAGGCGAGUGGAAUGCAAUGCUCGGCUAUCUGGCGGCGCUCUCCCAGGCCUGUCUGUACCAAGGCGGACUGGAGCUGGUGGUGGUCUUUAACGGAACGCUUGGCAAGGAUCGCUGGCCGGAGUGGGCGCGGCGGGCGCAGGGGCAGCGACAGACCGCACAGCUCAUCGUCAACCACGUCGGAAGCAAGGCCACGCCCCCUCCGCGGGCCUGGUUCCUGCCCCCGGCCUGCCUGAGCCACUGUGUCCGCCUCGCCAUGUUCCGAUUCCGCGUGCGGGUGGUGCAGACCCUGGAGGACCACCAUCAGGAGGUGCUAUCCCUGUACAGAGACUAUGGUUUUCAGGGUCUGAUUGCACAGGACUCAGAGUUUGCGCUAUGCAAUGUUCCGGCCUAUUUCAGCUCCCACGCUCUCAAGCUCUCAUGGAAUGGCAAGAAUCUGACCACUCACCAGUACCUGCUAUCAGAGGCGGCUCGCCAGCUCGGCCUCAAGACCCAGCACCUGCCCAUCUUUGCUGCUCUUCUUGGUAACCACAUUCUGCCAGAUGAAGACUUGGCUGCCUUUCAUUGGAGUCUGCUAGGCCCAGAACACCCUCUUGCCUCCCUAAAGGUAAGGGCUCAUCAGUUAGUGCUCCCUCCAUGUGAGGUUGUUAUUAAGGCUGUAUCUGAGUAUGUGGCAUCCAUCAAAGAUCUUGGGAAUUUAGAUUCGGUGGCCAAGGAUGUUUUCAAGCAGUCACAGUCACAAACUGAAGAUAAAAUUGAGAGGUUUAAGAAGGCAGUGGAAUACUUUUCAGCGGCCAGUAAACCAAGACCUCUCUCCAUGGGACCUUCUCCUUACCUCUUUCCAGGCUUUGGGCCUAGUCAGUUUAGUGGACCUCCAGGCCACAUGGGGGCAAUGCAGCCUGUAAAAGCUCAGUUUGGUCCACCCCAGGUGUCAGGUGUUAAGGUGCCUUAUCCAGGUGGGCUCUACGGACCCGGCCCUGCCACUGGUCCAGCCCUUUUAUGCCAGAACCCAACUCAGCCUCUGCAGGACUGUAAUGAUUCACUAGUUGGGAAAAUGGGCUUUGCUGAUUGGUCUGCUCCAUAUGAUUCCUCUCAAGGUGGCAACCGACAGCCCAAUCAUCACACUGCUGCUCCUACAGGCCCCUCCCCCUCAUCAUCGUCGUCUUCAGAUGGGGAGGAGCAAAAUGACACCAGCACUAAUCAUUUGGCUGACAAGUCUACAAGAUGGGAAGAUCCCAGUGGACAGGGCGGCAGUGGCUCUGGGGACGGGCACCAUGGUAACGGAAGUGGGCCGUCCAUUCCAUCAUUGCUGUCCAUGCCAACGCGGAGUCACAUGGACAUCACAACUCCACCCCUUCCACAGGUCAGUGCCGAGGUGCUGAGAGUGGCAGAACACAGACACAGAAGAGGACUCAUGUAUCCACAGAUCUACCACAUCCUGACCAAGGUACAACAGUCACACAGCAUGUAUAUGAUGCAGUGGCCGGGGGGUCGCAUUCUUCAGCGCCAUGAGCUUGAUGCCUUUUUGGCUCAAGCUGUGUCCAACCAGCUCUAUGAGCCUGACCAACUUCAGGAACUCAAGGUGGAGAAGGUGGAUAACCGUGGGGUGCAGCUGGCCUCUCUGUUCAUGGGUGGAGUGGACACUGCCCUGUUUGUGAAUGAUGUAUGUGGACAGCCCUUGCCAUGGGACCACUGCUGCCCUUGGGGCUUUUUCGAUGGGAAGUUGUUCCAGAGCAAGCUAGCUAAAGCCACCAGAGACAGAGCCUCCUUACUUGAUAUGUGUGAAGGCCAGGAGGAGCUGGUUUCAAGAGUGGAGAAGAUGCGCCAGGCCAUUCUGGACGGCAUCAACCUGUCCCGGCCACCUCCCCCACCUCCACCACUGCCACCCCCUGCAUUCCUCCCCCCUGCCAUGGUGCCCCCUUUCUACCCCAUGCAUCCUCUAUACCCUCCUCGCCACCUGGGCUCAAUGCCUCCUCUUCCUCCUCACCAUCACCACCAGCACCGGCACAGGGCCUUCCCAGGAAUCCAGUCUAUACCUCCCCAGGGUGGCAAGCUGGAAAUAGCUGGCAUGGUUGUUGGUCAGUGGGCUGGGAACAAACCAGUCCGUGGCAGAGUCAAUAUGCAGGUGGUGUCAGUAGGAGGGAAAGGAAGGGGUAAAGAAUUGACAGUGAAAGGAAGGGGAGGGAAGAAAGUGACCACCAACAGAACACCGACUCUGUCCUCUUCACCACCCUCCAGCCCCCCAAAACUCACCGAGGACGCUAAUGCGGUGGGGCGGCCCACGGAGGGAACGGGGACCGCGUCGCAGCAGCUGAACGGCAGCUCUUCAGGAAGCGCCAUUGGUCAAGCUCUUGACCUGCCACCACUGGCCCAGCCAAUCCAGUGUGCCUUAGCCAGCAGAGACAACCAGUCAGGAGAUGGGGUGGAGGUAGAGGCCCCUUAUUGCCUUGACGACUGCCCAUCAGAUGGUGCACUACAGAAAGAGGACAUGUGCCCCCAAGACCGUCAAGUCGAGACAUCCAUUUGUAGGCAACACAUUCUGUCGUCUGUUCUUGGAAAACCGAUCCAUUCAUCAACACAAACGCAUUGAUGCAUGCAUCAAGAUCUCCAAAAGCUCCCAAAAACUUGUGAAGUGAAGGGUAAAGUUCAUUAUUAUUAUUGCUGUUAUGGUUAUGAUCGUUAUUAACAAUUUCUCAUUUUUAGUAUAAAGAAAGCACCUGAUUGUUUUGGAAAGAAACUUUUUCUUUUUAAUUUGUCUUACUGUUGUGGUCUGAUUUCACAGUGGAUUGGGAAGAAAGCCAAAAGGCUCAGCGAGAGAGAGAGAGUCAAAGUUGGCAGUCAUGUUUGUAUGGUUGGGAAAUGACUUACAGUGCUGAAAUAAAAUUUAUUCUUUUAGUAAA